GUCUACAGUGUUCGGUCAAUAAAAACUUCAUUUCAUUACGAUGUGAUGAUCGAUAACAUAUGCCUGGGCACAUUUUGGCUGUCUUCUACAUCGUUCGAUACUAUAUUUUUUCGCGAAACUCAUGGAUGAGCAUAUAAGUGUCGAGGCAGACAGAGAACUAGUCGUGAGAAAAAAGCUGACGCACAAGCAAAUAUGCGAGGAGCUGCAACAAGCAAAUCGUGGCGUUCGAGGUCUAAGCCAAAUGAGUGUGCGAUGUUUUUGUUGUACACAUGACAUUCAACGCAUGAAAGGGAAGCCUCAAGCAGAAAACAUAAAUGUUAAUGAAAAGCGCCUUUCAAGGUCACUUCAUACAGUUGCACUAGAUUAUUGUAAACAAAGACCACAAAACACUGCAAAGCUAUUGAGUCCAGUGCCAUACAGUGCAAAUAUCUUUGGUCAAAAACUUUACAUGGAUCAAAUUGAAAAGUUGGUCAUGUAUGGCACGACAGUCUUGGCAGUUGAUGGAUACAGCAGCAUGAGUAUGGCAGCUGCUUCAAUGCCUGUGAAAAAUAAUGUGGAAAUUUAUCACUCUGUAUUCAGAACCACAUGGUUGAACGACUAUGAGUUGAAGUGAAUAGCGAAAUAAAUUACCUAAUCAAAACCCAGUUCAACUGGAUGGCUCAAGAAGACAUAAUUGAUAUGGUCAACAUUUUUCAUCAGCUCUGUGUAUCUACCAUAGUAAUCCAGGUUGUUCAGGUAGGAAUGCAAAAACUCCUCCCAGCAUGAAAUUGUCAUACCAUCCAAGGUAAAUAUAUAUAUGACAAAUUGAUCAUGUGACAACAUCAAAUUUUAAGUGUGCCAUUGUCAAAGCUAUAUUAGAAAGCUGUUUUAAAAAUGCAUAAGACAGUAUUCCAUACAAUAAUAACAAUAACUAUGUACUUUGCAAGGUUGUAAAAAUUGACAAUCAAUUUUUGGUCCAAAAACGAAAAAUCCAUUAGGGUGGAUUAUUGGUGGGCUCUUUCACUACUUUACGUAAGUUAGUAUUUCAUAGGUAAUUCUUAACUACUCAAAAUCAAAUUUUUAC